CCCGGCCCCGGCCCCGCCAACCUUCCAUUCGUUUCCCUUUCUCCAAGCUUUCUCUCUUCCUUCUUUCUCUCUCUCUUUCUCUCUACUACAUGCACUACUCUCUCUUGUAUAACCUAACUUUUUGAAAAAGUCCUGUCUGUUGUUUCUUCUGGUUUGGAACUCUCUCAUCUUUCUCUCUCUAACUUCUGUUUAUUUAAAUCGCUAAAUUCUUUCAUUCUGCAAACCCUCUCUCUACUUCUACUUCCUUAACAAUCCUCUUUCUCUCUCUAAAAUCUGAGUCCUCCCAUCUUCUUAAACUUGUGUUUUCUGAAAUCCUUGAAUCCUUCCACUUUGUACAGAUCUUGCAAUCCUUCUCUCUCUACACUAAUCCACUCUGUUCUCAUCCUUGUCUGCUUCUCCAACUAUGACACCUUCUUUUAACCUGCAUUUUCUUCAAUCUCUGGAACUUCAUCUUCUUCUUCUUCUACUUUCUCUCUUCACAAUGUAGGGCUAUCAACCUUCGCUUUUACAGAGUAAAAUGGCGAAGGUACAAAGAGGUGUUGGCGGAUCGGUCGUCCUCAACCGCCAUGGUUCUCGCCUUUGGCCUGCUCUCCGCAGCUCUUGCAUUGGUCUGAGGCUCAUUGACACAAUGCGAUGUGGCCGGACAUCGGUCGUCUCUUCACAAGAGCAGUUGCAGAGAUCGAAGAAAAAGAAAGAAAAGAAGGAAAUGAGCGAUUUAAAGAAGAGGAAUGAGGGAUCAGAGAGGUUAUCAGAGCUCUUGAAAUGGGAAGUAGAAUCGCUUGGUGAUGUUGAUGGAGAGGUGAAGAAGAAAAUGGAAGUUUUCAGUGCGUUUCAGAGAGUGGUUAAGGUUUUGCAGUUCGGAGAGGGGAAGGCCAAGAAGGAGGCCGCCAUUGAUGUGAGGAGAUUGGCCAAAGAGGAUGCAGAGGCUAGGGUUGCGCUCGCUAUGCUUGGAGCCAUUCCUCCUCUGGUUUCGAUGAUCGAUUGUGAAGAUGAGGAGUUUCACGUGGCUUCCCUCUAUGCUUUGUUGAAUCUCGCCAUUGGGAAUGAUGUCAACAAAGCAGCAAUUGUAAAGACUGGAGCAGUGCAUAAGAUGCUCGCCCUCUUAAAAACGCUGACGAGCCAAGCAGUUUCCGACGCAAUGGUGGCCAAUUUCCUUGGCCUCACCGCUCUCGACUCGAAUAAGGCCAUCAUUGGCUCCUCAGGUGCUGUACCCUUCCUGGUCUCCGUUCUCGUGAACCCGAACACAACCCUGCAAGCAGAGCAAGAUGCUCUCCGUGCCCUCUACAACCUCUCCAUCUGCGCUUCCAAUGCUGCCCCCCUCCUCGAGACCCCCCUCGUACCCACACUUCUAAGCCUAUUGGGGGACAUGGCCACGAGCGAGCGCUCAUUAGCAAUCCUCGCUAACCUCAGUUCCACACCGGAUGGUCGUCGUGCCAUCUCAAAAGGCCCAAACGCGUUCACGUUGCUUGUAGAUGCGUUAACUUGGGCUGAUUCUCCUAAUUGCCAAGAGAGUGCGUGCUACAUUAUCAUGAUGCUCGCGCACAAGAGCUGGGCCGACAGGCAAGCACUUGUGAGCGCUGGUGCAGUGUCAGCAUUGCUUGAGCUCACUCUGAUUGGGAGCGUUCUUGCGCAGAAACGUGCAUCUAGAAUUCUCGAGUUUUUGAGAGAGAAGGGGAAGCAAAUAGAGGCCGGGGGCUCGGCUGUGGCCCCAGUGUCUGCCCCGAUAUGUGGAGGUGGGGGAGAGGGAUGGGGAGGUGGGGAUAUGAGUGAGGAGAGAAUGGCGGUGAAGGAGAUGGUUCAGUUGAGUUUGCAGAGCAAUAUGAGGAGGAUUGUUAUGAGGGCGAAUUUGCCUCAGGAGUUUGCUCCCUCUGAGCACUUCAAGACUGUGACUGCGACUUCUUCGUCCAAGAGCUUGCCCUUCUGACGGGUUCAGGAUGGUGGGCUUUCUUUUGUCUUCUUUAUUGAACUUCAAUGGAGGUUGAAGAGGAAGGGUUCUCCUGGUUUGCAGAGAGAGAAAGAGAGAGGUGAGUGCUUUUGGGUCCUUUAUAAAAAUUUAAUGGAGGGUGAAGAGAGUGGAUAAGAGGUUGAAGUGAGUGGUUUUUUUUGUUUUAUUUAAUCGAGUAAAGAGAGAGUUAAAUUUAAUGGAGCAGAGAGAGAGAGAGUGCUGGGGGUGGGAUUGUUGCAGACAUGGAGUUGCUUUCACUGGUUUUGUGCGUUCGCUGCUUUUCUUUAAUUUUUUUUCUUCUAUGUACAGGAGAUAAGUAGUGAAAUAAUGGGUGGGAAGGGGAAUCACCGGUUUUUCUGCAAUAAUUUAUCUGCCGAUUUUUUGAGUUGUCAUA